CUGCAGCUUCUAGGACCCAGUUUCUUUUACUGAUUUAAAAACAAAACAAAAAAAAAUAAAAAAGUUGUGCCUGAAAUGAAUCUUGUUUUUUUUAUAAGUAGCCGCCUGGUUACUGUGUCCUGUGAAAUACAGACACUUGACCCUUGGUGUAGCUUCUGUUCAACUUUAUAUCACGGGAAUAGAUGGGUCUGAUUUCUUGGCCCUCUUCUUGAAUUGGCCAUAUACAGGGUCCCUGGCCAGUGGACUGAAGGCUUUGUCUAAGAAGACAAGGGUCAGCUCAGGGGAUGUGGGGGAGGGCUCUUUUAUCUUCCCCCUUGUCGUUUGAGGUUUUGAUCUCUGGGUAAAGAGGCCGUUUAUCUUUGUAAACACAAAACAUUUUUGCUUUCUCCAGUUUUCUGUUAAUGGCGAAAGAAUGGAAGCGAAUAAAGUUUUACUGAUUUUUGAGACACUAGCACCUAGCGCUUUCAUUAUUGAAACGUCCCGUGUGGGAGGGGCGGGUCUGGGUGCGGCCUGCCGCGUGACUCCUGGUUCGGAGGCCCACGUGGCCAGGGCGGGGACUCAGGCGCCUGGGGCGCCGACUGAUUACGUAGCGGGCGGGGCCGGAAGUGCCGCUCCCUGGUGGGGGCUGUUCAUGGCGGUUCCGGGGUCUCCAACAUUUUUCCUAGCUGUGGUCCUAAGUCUGUCCAAAGCAGAGGCAGUAGAGCUUGAGGUUCUUGCUGGUGUGAAAUGACUGAGUACAAACUGGUGGUGGUUGGAGCAGGUGGUGUUGGGAAAAGCGCACUGACAAUCCAGCUAAUCCAGAACCACUUUGUAGAUGAAUAUGAUCCCACCAUAGAGGAUUCUUACAGAAAACAGGUGGUAAUAGAUGGUGAAACCUGUCUGUUGGACAUACUGGAUACAGCUGGACAAGAAGAGUACAGUGCCAUGAGAGACCAAUACAUGAGGACAGGCGAAGGCUUCCUCUGUGUAUUUGCCAUCAAUAACAGCAAGUCAUUUGCGGACAUUAACCUCUACAGGGAGCAGAUUAAGCGAGUAAAAGACUCGGAUGAUGUACCUAUGGUGCUAGUGGGAAACAAGUGUGAUUUGCCAACAAGGACAGUUGAUACAAAACAAGCCCACGAACUGGCCAAGAGUUACGGGAUUCCAUUCAUUGAAACCUCAGCCAAAACCAGACAGGGUGUUGAAGAUGCUUUUUACACACUGGUGAGAGAGAUACGCCAGUACCGAAUGAAAAAACUCAACAGCAGUGAUGAUGGGACUCAGGGUUGUAUGGGAUUGCCCUGUGUGGUGAUGUAACAAGAUACUUUUAAAGUUCUAUCAGAAAAGAGCCACUUUCAAGCUGCACUGACGCCCUGGUCCUGACUUCCCUGGAGGAGAAGUAUUCCUGUCGCUAUCUUUAGUCUCACAGAGAAGCUCCUGCUACUUCCCCAACUCUCAGUAGUUUAGUACAAUAUUCUCUAUUUGAAAAGUUCUCAGAAUAACUACCUCCUCACUUGGCUGUCUGACCAGAGAAAUGCACCUCUUGUUACUCCCUGUUACUUUUCUGCCCUGGGUUAUUCCAUAACACAAACACACUUCUGCCACUGCAGGCAUUUCAUCUGAAAAGCAGUUCAUGUCUGAAACAGAGAACCAAACUGCAAACGUGAAAUUCUAUUGAAAACAGUGUCUUGAGCUCUAAGGUAGCAACUGCUGGUGAUUUUUUUUUCUUUUUACUGUUGAACUUAGAACUAUGCUAAUUUUUGGAGAAAUGUCAUAAAUUACUGUUUUGCCAAGAAUAUAGUUAUUAUUGCUGUUUGUUUUUAAUGUUAUCGGCUGUAUUCUCUAAACUGGCAUCUGCUCUAGAUUCAUAAAUACAAAAAUGAAACUGAAUUUUGAGUCUCUCCUAGUCUUCUCAGAUUUCAUGUAAUUAAAUCCAACUUUCACAGUGAAGUGCCUUUUUAUAGAAGUGGUUUGUAGACUUCCUUUAUAAUAUUUCAGUGGAAUCGAUGUCUCAAAAAUCUUUAUGCAUGAAAAUGAAUGUCUGAGAUAUGUCUGUGACUUAUCUACCAUUGAGGGAAAGCUAUAUCUAUAUGAGAGCAGAUGCCAUUUUGUACAUGUAUAAAGUUGGUUUUCCAGAGCCCUGUUUUGGGGCUUUCCCAGGAGAAAGAUGAAACUGAAAGCGUAUGAAUAAUUUCACUUAAUUUUUACCUAAUCUCCACUGUUUCCAUAGGUUACUACCUAUAAAAUGUAUUUGUUUCCUCUAGCUUACUGAUAAGCCUAAUAUUCAAUGAAUUUCUAUUUGUAUUCAAAUUUGGGUCAUACCAGAAAGCUCUUCAUUUGCAGGUGUUCAAAUAUUGUAAAACUUUGGUGCAUUGUUAUUUAAUAGCUGUGACCGGUGAUUUUCAAACCUCAAAUAUAGUGUAUUAACAAAUUACAUUUUCACU